CAGCAGGAAGUGAAACGUUUGAGAGUUUCUGUGUGAGCAUGCUCAGCAGCUCCAACCUGCUGAUCCUGCAGGUGUUUAGCUAAAGUCCAGUCUUUCAGGAGCCUCAGACAGACACCAUGGUGCUGAGGGCCCAGGAGUGGCAGCGGUCCCCUGGUGGUGGUCCUUUUAUCACUUUUAUGUUGCUGUGUCUCGGGUGCUGCGUAGUGUGGAUUUCUCCUCCCUUUUUUGUUACCGCUGUCGUGAGUUCAGCAGGAGCAGGAUCGUCUCUGCAGGUCCAUGCGGUCCGGUUCAGUCCUGGUCAGGAGCUGCUGGGGUGUCUGCAGGCCUUUGUGGAGGAGAGACGACUCCGAGCACCGUUCAUCAUCACCUGUGUGGGCAGCGUCACCAAGGCAACGCUGAGGCUGGCAAGCGCCACGGCGACAAAUGCAAAUGAGGUGAUACACCUCACAGGGAGGUUUGAGAUCGUCUCCUUCGUCGGCACGCUCAACCCAGAGGCCCACCUCCACAUCAGCCUGGCGGACAGCGAGGGCAAGACAAUCGGGGGACACGUGCUGGGGGAUCUGGAGAUUUUCACCACAGCCGAGGUGGUCGUUGGGGAAGCGGUCGACCUGCAGUUCACCAGAGAGUUGGACCAACAGACUGGUUACCCUGAACUGGUGGUUAGAGAACGUUCACAGACAAAUUUAUCAGCCUGACUGGAAUUAUCACUGUCAUCUCUAUUAUUGGAAAAAUUUGAAUUUUAUUAAUAUUUUGAAGAUAAUUCACUCUAUUUUUUGGUGUAAUAAAUGUAAAAAAAAAUAAAAUACGCACACACACGAUGAAAAAAGCCUGUGACAUCUUGACUCCCUUCCUGUAACCUUGCUGGACUGUAACAUUUGUGCAAGAGAGUGACACUCGUAACACCUCCAAUGAAUACCAGAAUAAAAAUGUUGAGUCCAAGCAGCAGA